UUUCAGUCUGAUUCUCGACUUAGACGAAAGCAGACAUGCGUUCGUAUCUUCGUUUCAUCUACUUUGUCUUCUAUCUUGUCAGCUUCUGGAAAUGCGGAGCUUCACAAACACAAAGCUGUGGAUUUAAUGCCGUUGCAACAACAAAUCCUCAAAUAAUUACCUCGCCUGGUUUCCCAAACAAUUAUGCGCCUGGAAUAGAAUGUACUUGGAGGUUAACCACUGAUGUUGGAAUGAACAUUCUACUCACUUUUGUUUCAUUUAACACAGAAAAAUCAAGAGAUUUUUUAUUUGUUGAUCUACCGGAUAGGUCAUUCUUUAGUGGGAGUGGGGUUGGUUCAGUUGUAGGAAAACAACUUCGAUCAAGCAAUGGGGAAACCACUCUAAAAUUCAUAGCAGAUUCCAUUAACAAUAGACCUGGGUUUAAUUUAACAUAUAGAGCUAUACCAGCUGAAGUGAACUGUGGACGUUCUGCUGUUGCCACAGCAACCCCUCAAAUAAUCACAUCACCUGGUUAUCCAAACAAUUAUCCGAAUAAUACAAUUUGCAAUUGGAAUAUAUCUGCUCCUGAAGGAAUGAAAAUUAGAUUCAAUUUAAAGUAUCUUUCUACAGAACAAAAUUUUGAUUUUUUAAAAAUUUACAGUAAAGGUGACCAGUUGGCACGUUUUAGUGGCGUUGUUUCAAAUCAAAUAUUUAUAUCAACGGAUAAUGAACUUAACGUAGUGUUCACUUCGGAUAAUUUGAUUGGAGGUAUUGGAUUCAAUGCAACAUUUAUGGAAAUACCUCCGUGUGGAUUUGAUGCUGUUGCCACGACAACCAGUCAAAUAAUCACAUCACCCAAUUACCCCAAACAUUAUUCAAAUAAUGAAAAAUGUAUUUGGAGAAUAAGCACCACUGCUGGAAUGAGAGUUCAACUUCAAAUAGAAAGUUUUUUUACACAUGGGAUUUAUGAUUAUUUAUCUGUUAAAAGUGGGAAUGUUAAUUUGGGAAGGUUAUCUAGGUCUUAUCCACUAAAAAUAUUUCGAUCAAGUAGCAAUAAUAUGACUCUAACAUUUGUUUCGGAUAAGUUUGGUACUUAUCCCGGGUUCAGAGCCACAUUUGUGGCAAUACCAGAACAAAUAAACAUAACACACUGUGGAUAUGACACAACAGCUACAACAACCAAUCAAGUAAUUACAUCCCCGGGUUAUCCCAACAGUUAUCCAAAUGAUGCCAUUUGCAAUUGGACGAUAUCUGCUCCCGAAGGAUGGAGGAUAAAACUUCAAAUUAAAAGCAGAACAGAGCUAAGUUUUGAUUAUUUCAAAAUUUUAGCUUCUGGUAUUUCGGGAAUAAGAAGAAGUGGAUUAUAUGAUCAUACAUUUUAUUCAACAGACAAUCUAGUCAACCUCUUGUUCAUUAGUGAUGCUUCUAUUACAUCAUCUGGAUUAAAUACAACAUAUUUGAGUUUAGCACCAUGUGGGUUUAAUGCUGUUGCCACGACAGCCAGAAAAACAAUCACAUCGCGAAAUUAUCCUGAAGAAUACAUUCCUCUAGAAGAUUGUAUUUGGAAAAUAAACACAACUGCUGGAAUGGAAAUUCAACUCAAUUUUGAAAACUUUUUUAUAGAAAAUAGAUAUGAUUUUUUAACUAUUACCACUGGAGCUAAUCAGGUGACAAGAUUAACUGGACUUCACAAUAAUAAAGCUUUUAGAUCAACUGGCAACCAUAUGACUCUAAGAUUCACUUCGGAUGGAAGUGUUCAAAAAUCUGGAUUCAAUCUAACAUAUUUUGCAAUACCUGGACCAAAGAGUACUUGUGAAAAUCAUUAUGUUGCCACGACAACCAUUCAAUCAAUCUCAUCACCUGGGUACCCCAACAGAUAUCCAGAUUUUUUAUCUUGUAUUUGGGUGAUAUCUGUACCAGCAGGACAUAGGAUUCAACUGUUUUUGGAAAGCUUAGAUACAGAGGCAAACUUUGAUGUCUUAUCAAUUUCAAGUCCGGAUGGCACAUUGGCAAGAUUCAGUGGAUCUGUUUCAAAAAGAAACUUUCAAUCAGUUGGCAAUUUCACUAUGCAGUUCUCCACAGAUAAUGCAAAUGCUAAAACUGGGUUCAAUGUAACAUUUUUUGCCGAGCCAGCUGCUACGUGUUUUUCUGGUUUACACCCAGUGGAAGGCACCCCUCUUUUGUCAAAGAAAUGUGACCUCAGUGAAACAUGCGCCACUUUCCAUGGUUCUUUAGAAGGUGCAAACGGAACGUAUCAUGCCUGUUUUCCAAAGAGUAAUUGUUUAAAGUUUGACUGCUCAACACAACAUGGUCUGGACUAUUUACGAAAUAUAUCAGGCUACAACGUAAAUUCUUGUGAGAAGUUUCAAUGUUGUCACGAAGAUAAAUGCAACAAGCCACCACAAUCAGCUUGCCUAGGAAACAUGAUUUCAGUAGACUGUGGCAGUGGUUGUUCCCUGCCUACAUGUGGACAACCAACACCCUUACCUGGACCUUGCCCCCAAAUUUGUAGAAAGUGUGUUUGUCCAGAAGGACAAGUAUUAUUUGAAAAUAACACUUGCAUCCCUUUUGUUCAGUGCCCAAGAAAAGGACCUACUUGCUAUUCUGGUAUACAAACAAGGACAACUACCAGUCUUGGAUUUAAACAAUGUGGUCUUAAUGAAACAUGUGUAACAUAUCAAGGCAUGGUUAAAAUAGAAGAAUCCGCAAUUACUGAUGGAACAUACUUCGGAUGUAUUUCAAAAAUGAGCUGUUCGACAUUUGACUGCAAAUUACCAGCAGGAGUGCAAUAUUUGCGGAAGACAUCAGGCUACAACUUUACAUCAUGCAAUAAUCUUCAGUGUUGCUCUGGAAUUCUUUGUAACACGCCUGUUUAA